AUGCUCCUUACUGUAUGUGGCAAAAAACACCACAAACUGCUGCACCGCGUAUCAGCUCCGCGUUCAAACACGACCACUUCCGAGGAAUCAAAACAAUCCAAACCCAAUACAACAACAUCCUGCGUCGCGCACUCAGACAGAAGUCCAUUAGAACAGGUCGUAUUAUCAACAGCAGUCGUGCAUAUAGAGGAUAAACAGGGACAAAGAAUACCAUGUCGAGCUUUAUUAGAUUCAGGGUCACAGUCGAAUUUUAUAACUUACAAACUGUGUAAAAAGCUAGGCAUUAGAUACGAACCCACAGAUGUACAGGUAUCAGGAUUAGCCGGAAAGGCGAAUACAAUUAAGGAGAGAGUCAACGUAAGAAUCACAUCCACAGUUAACAGUUUUAGCGCGAACAUUUCAUGUCUAGCGAUUAAAAAUAUAACACAGGAUAUGCCGAAUGUAGUUUUAGACAGAUUAGUGAAAUGUAGACCGUCCCACAUACCGUUAGCAGAUCCGCAAUUCGACAACGGUCGACAAAUCGAUAUGCUAAUAGGUGCAGGCUUAUUUUGGCACCUAUUGUGCGUCGGACAGCAUAAGGCAGGUAGCGACCUGAUCUGGCAAAAAACGCAGCUGGAUUGGGUUCUAGGAGGAAAAAUUAGUUGGCCUCUUAGUGAAAGAAUUCAAAGAUGCCACCUUGUUACAAAUCGAGAUCUGUACAACCAAAUCGAGCGAUUUUGGCAGGUGGAAGAAGUAGAGACAGGGGCUAAGACAGACAUAGACGAAUGCGAAGCGUUGUUUAGAGCCACGACACGACGAAACGAAGACGGACGAUACAUAGUACAGAUACCAUUCAACGAUAGCGUAGAGAAGUUAGGAAUCUCGCGACAUCAAGCAGAGACUAGACUUAGGUCAAUAGAGAGAAAACUAGACCGACAACCGCAACUACGAGAACAAUAUACAAAAUUUAUGGAGGAAUACGAAUCAUUAGGGCAUAUGUCGCGAAUCGCAACUCCGCAA